AUGGAACUUAAUGCUGAAAAGGUGUCAUAUUGGCCAUGGCUCUUUCAAAGAAAAGCAUUCGCUCCAAUAGAAAAUGUUAGAUAUGCACCAGAUCACUUGAACUAUGAUGAUCCAAUAGUUUCUUCAAUUGUUGACACAUCAAAUCCUCACCCAUGGCUUAGAAAUAACUUUUCAAAUGAAGAAUGGAAAAAAAUUUCGGAUAAGUCAAAUUCAAAAAUAAAUGAUGUUGGAAAUGUGAACUUUAUUGGUGAAAAUCAUAUGAAUGACCUAAGAAACCAUUUUUAUUUUAUUCGCAAAAAUUCGACUUACACUAAAAAGGAUAAGUUUAUAAAUGAAGGCACAUGGCGAAGCCAUUGCACCACAAUUCCAUUCAAUAUUGUUACUCGUGAUGUUGGAACUUUACAACUAAUAAUGAUUAGUAUUGGGUCCAAGAGAAGAAAAUUAGAAAGUAUUAGUGAUAAUGACAGUGAAGAAAAGACAGUUUAUUACCUCACAACUAAAUAUUCUUAUAAAAAAUAUGGAAAAAAUUCUAACAACAAUAAAAACCUUAACUUGAAGAAUUUAGAAGUAUUCGGCGCUAUAAUAUCUGGAUUUAAUAUGGAAGUAUACUCUUUAGAUAAAGUAGGUUAUAAAAUAUAUAGAAUACGUUUAAUGAGAACUUUAAAAAUUCCUGUGAGGGAAGAUAAUAAUGAAUAUUAUCGGUCUUUAAAUCAAUUGAUGUAUGCGAUCCAUGAUAUGUCAAGUAUGAUUGAAAACUUGGAUAAGUCUCUCAAAAAAGAGAAAAAAUUGCUUGAAUUUAGUAAAGAUUUAAAAUGCUGUUAUGAAGAACGAUCAUCUGGCUAG